CCAAAGAUUGAGUUAGGCGAAAAGAAAAAUCGGAAAAUAGGCGCAUUUCGCAAAACAAAAAAAUGACACAAUUUGACCUCCAACCCGAUACCUUAUAGCGGUCGACCCGACGGAUGCGUGCGACCCGUUUUUCUUAUCGGGUCAGGGUCAAAGUGGGUCAACCCACAGAUCGACUCGCGGGUUGACAACCUUGUGAUUUUCCCACGAAACCCCCUGAUUCUCACUUUCUAAUUCCCUCGCAACUAACGCCUACCCACCCAAUUCCUGGUCAGUUCCUUUUUCCUCUCUCAACCAUACCUUUGUCCCUGAAUUGGUACCCAAACUUCACUUUCUCCACUUAUUAAGACCUAGGAAGUGGACAAGAACUUUGUUAUCUCCAUGUUGGCUCCAAUCAGUAGCGGAGCUAGAAAUCCAAGCGAAAGGAACGAGAAAAAGAUGAGCAAGGCAUUCGAACCCUAGCAGAGCUAGGCACGAGUAAACAAUUCGUAGCAACUAGGUAGGGGGAAACAAAGAAGUUUGAGGAACUUGAAUCCUAGUAAUUAAGUAUGGGGUUCGAACUCUUAUCGGUUGGUUAUACUUAUUGAUUUGUUACAAGUUUGAUGCCUAAUUUUAACCAUAGUUUGAAAGUUGAGAAGAGAAAUGAUCUUCCCUGUGAAAUAGUUCAGCACGUGGUUCCAAAUAUAUUGAUAACGAAAAUGUAAAUUACAAAAAUAUAUGGUUGAAAAUUUAUUCGGAUCUAUAAUUUGAUCGCGUGACAUGAAAGUGGAGAAAUCAUCGUUGCUUGAGACUAGUCAACACACUUUGUAAUAUCAUCAUCUCUCUAAAUAAUGAAAACUCUAUCAUCGGAACGAAAAUAUGGCUACAAGUAUUGAAACCCAAUGCGAGUUUGGAAGUCCUAUGUUCAUGAGGUUGAAUCUCAAUGAAAUAGAUACACAAAACUGCAUUGGUGAGAGAAAUGCAGUCACGGUCUAGCCGGCUAGUAGAAAAGAAAGACGAUUGCUUCAGUUCGGUGCGUUUAAGGAGAGGUUGCUGGCGGACGAUCUGUUCUUGGCGAAAAUCGGGAUUGAGUGCGGCGUCGGCAUCUUCACCAAGGUACAAAAAGGGAAUCGGCGAUCUGUAGCUUUAUUGUCCAAUUGAGAAAGCCCCUUUUUCAUUGCUCUGUUUCUGGUUUCUACUCCCUCCCCUCGUUAUAGUGUCAAAUCGUAAAUCUGGAUUCUGCUUUUUCAUUGUCGUCGCCAAGCUUUUUUUACCCUGUUUGGCCAUUUGGCCAAAGCUUGCAUCUUUUUCAACUGGGAUUUGCUGAUCAUUGGCUGAAAUUGGCCCUCAUUCAUUUCUUAGUUAAUGUUCUGUCAAAAAAUUUUAAACCUUUGUUCAGUUUAACUGUCAAUUCUUGCUGAAAGGUUUAACAUUUUGGUCAUUUUAUCAUCCCUUUUUGACUAUGCCCGAUUGGCAGACUGCUGCAGAGUAUGAGAAACGCAGAGCGAAUUUCUUCAAGGAGCUGGAAAUUGUGUUUGCUGAUGUGGCGAUGGCCAUAUGUGCAGAUUUCAUGCUUGUUUUCCUCCCUGCGCCUACCGUCUCUCUCAGACCAGCUCUGGCAGGAACUGCUGGACCUGUUGCAAGGUUCUUCUAUGGUUGCCCUGACAAUGCUUUCCCGACUGCUCUUGCUGGAACUUCGUAUUCGUUCGUGCAGAGACUAGGCUCAGUUGUGCGAAACGGAACAAAGCUCUUUGCUGUUGGCACUGCAUCUUCCCUGAUUGGGACAGUGGUAACAAAUGCCCUGAUCAAUGCAAAGAAGGCUGUGAACAGUACUGGUGAAGUUGAAAACGUGCCUAUACUCUCCACCAGUGUUGGCUAUGGUGUCUACAUGGCAGUCUCUAGCAACCUCAGGUACCAAAUAUUGGCUGGUGUUAUCGAACAACGAAUCUUGGAGCCUUUACUUCACCAACACAAGCUCAUGCUCAGUGCAAUCUGUUUCGCUGUUCGAACAGGCAACACUUACUUGGGCUCACUAUUGUGGGUGGAUUAUGCUCGCAUGAUCGGGAUCCAAAAGGCUCAAGAAGAGCAUAAUGAACUGGCUUAGGCAGAUGCAAGAGCUCAGAACCUUUUGUGGAACUUUUUUAGUUUGUUUGACCCCAUGUUAGUGUAGAACUAGAAUCAACACCCACGGCUACGCCGCGGGGACUUAAGUUGCAACAAUAUCAUCUUGUAAUAAGUAGUGAGAAGGUUGUGUAGGUGACUUGCAAUGGGAGCAACAUCACACUAAAAACAGUACUAAAAGAAUGCUCAAUUGUCUGCCUCAACUGGUUAAAUAUAUAUAGCGCUUGCACAUCACAGUAUGAGAAAAUGAGUUUUUGAAAGGAGAACUUAAUAUCCGCAACAACGAAAAGGAAGCAGAUACAGUGAGUAUAUUACAUUGAUUAGAUGACACAUGAAAGGGCAUCUUCCAACAAAGGAGAGCUUAAUUAUCAUCCGAAGCAAUACAUGAACUUCCCAUUAUAGCCUUAAAAUAACAUCUUCCAGAAAGCUUCUCAUUAAACUUGAUUUUGAAGU